UCUAGCGAUAGGUGUGUUAGGACCUAUAAUUUUUUAAUUUAUUAGAAACCAUUUCCAAAAGUGAUUUUGAUUUAUUAAUGAUAAGUUGACCGAGAAAGUAAUUUGCAGUUUGUGACAUGAUAAAAUGCAGUCGGUAGUUUAAGGGUUAAAUGUAGAGUGAAGGAAUCGGAAAGGAGUCAAAUUCCAUCUCACGUUGGAGCAGAAAGCACCGCCUCACGUUCUCAGUCCAACACGACACAAACGGGUUGAAAGCUUAUGGGACCGCGCAUCAACAGGCAGAAUAACGGAUUUUUCCCCCACAUUUAGUUGGAUUGCUGGUUUUAAAAUGCAUUCUAAUGUAAACCAUUGUUAUAAUUAUACGGCAUUUUCUGGAGUUUCCUAAUACAUAUAUUGAUUUAUUUUUCUCAAAAUAAUAAGGACCGUUGAAGUUUAACUUCAAAAUGAAUUGACGCCUACGUUACCCAAGGAAUUACACGUCACAAGUGGAUAUUGGGCUAUACGGAUUUCAACUAAUGUGUAGAUUUGAUUAUGAUCUGAGAAGAAAAUAGAACGAGAAAGCAAGGAAACAUUUCAGCAAAUCUACUGGGAGGAAUAGAACCGAAAACAACGGACAGGCUGACACUUUCCACAACGGAAAUGAGCUCAGGCGCAUUGCUUGGCUGCGAACUGACAGGGGGUUCAUCAAUCUUUUUUAAAUUAUGUUUUUGAGCAACUACUUGAUGCGGGUGAACCCCUGAAGUCUUCGUUCUAAAAUAAAGAUGUUUUCUGGGCUGCUGCGGCGGGAAAGCCACAAUAACUACGACGACACGGACAUCGGCUGCGGCGCAAAAGAGCAUCACCGCUGUCCAAGCGGCAUGGAAGGUGACUCAGUCAUCGCCCCUCCCUUCGUGUCGGCUGGCAGCUCCAUCCGCAAGAGGCUUGAGCAGCACCGUAGGCCAGGGUACCUGAGGACAGAGUCAUCCACAAUACAGAGCACCCAGGCUGGGGAGGAGGGGAGGACAGCCUGCCAGACCAAUGGAGCAUCUGGAUGUGCUUUGCUAAAUGGUCACAGUGAUGUCAUCAAGUUUGGCUCAUGUGACUCAGUGAGCCAACAGCAUUGUUCUCUGGAGAGAGACGGCCCAGAACCAGAAACGUAUAGACCAAAGGCUCAGUCCUCCUCCUCCGCUCCUCGUCUCCUAUCUUUAUCUCAUCCUCCUCUGUCACAGGAAGGCUGUUGUGGCACUAACUGUUCAUCUUCCAGCUCUUGGACCACUCCCCCUAUUAACCCCAGGUUGACUCCAGGGUCAGAGUCAUGUCUCCGCCAGCACCAUCCCUGCAGGUCCUCUGGGUCCUCCUCUUCUUCGAGAGACACUCCUUUCAGCUCCUCUUUCAGCUUCAUCCAGCAGUCACUGAACCCCUGUCUGGACCCUGACCUCUGUCCUGACCCCUACCCUGACCCUGACCCAGAACUAAAACCUCUGAAGCGCUGUUCUGUCCAUGUGGACCCCAAACCACUGAACAUAUCUUCUGUACUGAACCAGUCAUCAGCUUUAACCUCAAAGCCUAUUUUUCCUUCUGGGUCUGUCUCACUCAGCCAAUCAGGACUGCAAUCUGAUUCUCUUGACCAAUCACCCUCCACAUCAGGCUCCAGUCAAUCCCGACUAGGAGUCUUAGAGCUCUCUUUUGGGCUUUCUGUUUCAAAACUGUCAACUCCCACUUCUGUCCAAUCACAGAUUAGCUCCAUCUCUCUUGACCAGUCAAAAAAUAGCUUCAUCCCUAUCAACCAAUCAGAGAUUAGAUCCAUCCCACUCAGCGAUAAAGACAGAAGACUGGAGGUUCUUUCACCUUGGGUUUGGCAGGACCGCCACUGGGAGAGUGUGGGACUGGGGGUCAAGUUAACUCAUUCUGCGACCUCUGACCUGGCAGAGACGGAGCCUGACUGUGACUUGUUCACCCUGGACACGGAGGCCGCCUCCUCCCUUUCUGUGGGGGAGGACUCUGAUGCCGCCUCGGCCUCUUCCCUCACUUCAGGGUAUGAGAGUGCCACACCCACUGCUGCCACCAAGGGCCCCGCCCAGGAUCACACCCAUGACCACACUCAUGAACAUACUCAUGACCACACCCUGGACCACACCCAUGGCCUGGCCCAGGACCACACCCUGGACCACACCCAUGGCCACACCCAGGACUACACCCAUGACCACACUCAUAGCCACACCCAGGACCACACCCACGACCACACCCAUAACCACACUCAUGACCACAACCAGGACCACACCCAUAACCACACUCAUGACCACAACCAGGACCACACCCAUGACCACACCCACGACUGGGACCAGGGCUUCUGGGACCAGCUGGUGAAGAAGUAUGAUGGCAUCCUGCAAGACUGUCUGCGUGACAACCAAACUAAUACCAAGAUUGAGUCCAAGAUGCUGAAACUACAGCGUCUGCAGCAGAAGGCCAUCCAGGAGGAUGACUAUGACUCCGCUGAGCGAUUUGAUAAGAAACUGGAGGAGCUGGGUAGAGAACGUGGGUCCCUGAGGCUGGUUCUUCCCUCCAGACUGCCCAGCAUUGCACUGUUCCUCCAGAGACUCAGAGAGGCAGUCCACACCUCCCUCAGCAGGAUGGAGGACCAAAGGGGUGAGGUGGAGCAUGAUGGAGGGGCUGAAGCUAACACCACAGCAGAGGAUCCACAGCAGAGGAGAGAGCGACUACAACAGGAGAAACACCAGGUGGAGGUGGAGAUAGCCGAGCUUCAGUGCAGACUAGGAGAGCUGCAGUCUCGGAAUUGUAGCUUGGAGCUCCUGAUCCAGCAUGAAGAGGCAGACCUGGAGGCGGAGGAGUUGGAAGGCCCCGCCCUACGCAGCUGUAGCCACGCCCAGCUCAAAGUAAUGGGACGCGCCCUCAACGACAUGGUGACAUCACAGAACCGAUCCAGGAUCUGUGUCUCCCCUCCAGCUAGCAUACACAGACUUCAGGAGCAGCAGCAAGCUCUAAGUUUGUCCAUCAAAGAUGCUACUGCUAAAGUGGUGAUGAGUCAGAGGUUGGCAGGACGUCUGCAGAGGAAAGUUAGUGAGACAGAGACUCAGCUCCUGGCUCUCCACGAAGCCAAACUGGCCGCUAUCUCAGGUAAUGAUUUCAGCAGUGCUAAGGAGCUGAAGGCAGAGAUGGGAGCAGUAUACCGGGAGAGGGAGCGUCUGGAACUCCUGGUGAAGAGACUACACAGCCUGAGCUCCGGAAACAGCAGAGAACUUGGCCGCAUGAAGACCCAGCAUACCCAACUGAAAGAGGAGCUGUCCUCCAGGCAGGCCCAACACGAAAGGAAUUUGAAAGAGAACGCCGUAAAGUACAUUGAGCUCCUGGAAGAAAGGCUGGACAGCUGUGGUUGUCCUCUCCUGGAGCAUGUUUGGGAAGCUGAUCUAGAGGCCUGUCAUCUCCUCCUGCGAGGCUUUGAGCUUUGUACCUCUUCUGGUAGUGGGCUAGAUCCUGAGGAAUCCCCUUCCCUGGCAGGCCCAGUGGUACAGCCCUGUGACCACCCAGCUACCAAAGCAGAAGCAGAGCUGCAGGAAUGUGCUAUGUUGACAGCUCUAGGGGGUCACUGGUGCCCUGAGGCCAACCUACAGAACUCAGAGUUUACCAAGAAAUUGGGGGAGUUUCUAUUCGGCAUGGAGGAUGUCCACUCCGAGGAGGAGUUCAGUAGUGAAACAACAGACCUGGCGUUUGGGCUGACUAACCAAUGUGAGAUGAUCAGUGAUAGGCUGGUGACCCUGGAAGUUGACCUUCAGACAGCCAUUCAGAGCAGAGACCACUCUCUCACUCAGUCUCUAGAGCGAGAAGUACAGGAGGUGAAGGCCACUCUCCACACAAUGUUGAUACAGCUGAACAACAUGGAAGAAGAGGAAGAAGUGGAAGACGUGAACAACAUAAUGAACAUUGAGGAAGAGGAAGAUGAGGAAGAGCAAUACUUCAGUGAUAGCUGGGAGAUUUGACACUAUGUGUCUAGGGUUCUUUGACCACUCCUUCCUAAAGUGCCUCUCUCUGCUGACUCGCCUCUAACAUUUGAAAGGUGGAGUAGUGGGGAUGUAGUUGCUUCCAUAUCCUUUUACUGUAGCUCCAAACAUUGCCUGAAAAAUCUCUUGUAUUGCUGGAAUUCUAGAGACAUAUAAACACAUUUGACUAUUCCUGCGUUUUUCAAAAAGCACAUGGGAAGACUUGUUAAUUCUCAGUAUGUUUACAUUAGAAGUUAUGUCAGAUUUGGACAAUUUGGAAGAUUUUUGUUUCAUACUGGUGACAGUUUGAUAUUAUUUUUGUCAUCCCUAAAUAUUUGUACUGCUUACGUUGGUGUAAACAAGUUGAAUCAGAAGGGGGCCUUGGGCAGCUAACCACAGAAACUAUAUGUCUAUGUCUUUACAGUCUAUGUCCUCAAGAGAUUCUCUGAUUCCUUGCAAUGCUUUCUAUAUUACACUCUGAAACAGCUUUUAUAGGGUUAAUGCUGAACAUUCCACUUUAAUGAUGUUGAACAUUCCAUAUUAAUGAUCCUGAGAAUGCCAUGAUAAUGUUGAUAUACAGUAUCUCACAAAAGUGAGAACACCCCUCACCUUUCUGUAAAUAUUGAAAAGUGUCAUUUCUGAAAA